UUUCAUGGCUGAAUCCACUUCCAGUGCCUAUCUCUUUGGUUUCGCAUCAAUAUGUGUCAAAGUGGUUGUGAUUAAAAAGGUUUGGUCUACAGUCAGAACAGUCUCCGAAUAAAUGGUCCUCAGCUCUUUCCUGCCUGUCAAAAAUCAAAUAUCUAGAGUACCUGCCAAGUGCCGAGUUGAUACGAUUAGAGAAGCAAGUUAUAAGCUCAAGACUGAGAGGACGACAUGCUUGAAUCAACACGACCAAGGACGACAUGCCGUUUACCUACUCUAGCUCCCAUGUUUGAGGAUGACUGUAUGGAGCUGGUGUGGGAAAAUGGUCAGAUUCUUAUGCGAGGGCGAUCAGGUAGAGCUCAAAAGGGUCAUUCUUGGACUGGUUAUUCUUUAUCCUCCUCCAAUGCUCAGGCAGAAAAUGGAGAAAAUAUGCACACAAAGAAAGCAAGGCUAGAGACCAGUUGUUCGACUCUGAAUGACACGGCUUUCUUAGGUCUCUUAGGUCGCAGGGAUUCUGAUAUCAACUCUACCGAUAAUAAUAAUUCUUCACAAACUGGUUAUCAUCUUGAAUCAUCGCCCCAAUUAUAUAAAUUCAAUUUGGAAGACAACAAAGGCAAGAGCGAGGACAAGAAGUCCAAACAUUCCAGACCUUUCCAAGAACCGGAGCUUGCUACCUCUGGGUAUUCCCGAGCAUCAGAAACAGUUUUAGGACCAAAACUGAACUCAAGCAAGACCUUAUUGCCAACGGGUACUGAACAGCACACAUCAACCUUACCGGAGCGUGAUUCUCAACCUGAUAAGAAAUAUGGAGCAGUGAAAAUCUCUUACUCACGAUCUCCAGCUAUUCUCCAAGCUAGUAGUCAGAGCAGUGGCGUGACAAGGCCAACAAGUAGUCUGGUUUUUACAGGAGUUCAGGAGACGAAAGGUGGCAACGAUGAGAGGCCUCCUCCUCUGGGUGGUAGAAACGCUCUUAAAUCAACAGUGAUUGAACAGGCUACUGCUUCAAAAAGUGUAACAGGUAUUCAGAAUCAAGCACAAGCAGAGCUUCUACCACCUGUUGCCAAGACAAAGGAGCCACUGCCUCGUGAGCACUCUGAAGCUUUUGGAAACCAAACCUCGAGCUUAGCAGAAAAUACACGGAAAGGAAAGACCGAUGUGAAGAUUUUAACUAAGCCACCCGUUACAUCUUCUUCCGUAUGCUCACUUGGAGCUUCGAAUGAUCCAACAUAUUCUUUGAGGAGGACUUACGAGGAAACUGAGUCGUCGGCAGGUCCAAGUGAGAAUGUUGAAGAACCGCAGGGUUUAAGAAAACAGGCGCCUGGUCGUAGCUGUACUGGUGGCAAGAGAAGCCGAACUGCGGAAGUUCAUAAUUUGUCUGAAAGGAGGCGAAGAGACAAAAUUAACAAAAGGAUGCGUGUAUUAAAAGAACUCAUACCGAAUUGCAAUAAGGUGGAUAAAGCUUCAAUGCUUGAUGAGGCCAUUGAGUAUCUGAAAACCCUACAGCUUCAACUACAGAUUAUGUCGAUGGGAAAUGGAGUUUGUAUGCAUCCAAUGAUGUUACCUACAGCAAUGCAACAUAUCAAUGCAGCACAUUUGACACAUUUCUCUGCCAUGGGUGCUGGGAUGGGUAUGAGAAUGGGCAUGGGAAUGGGUUGCAGCCCAGCACAGUUCUCUACAUCACAAGUAGGAGCCACUGCUCUGCCUGGGAUUACAGGAACUAGCUUUCAAAUGCUUGGAUUUCCUGGUCAAGCAUUUCCCAUGCCAGUUUCACACCCUUCCUUCUUUCCUUCGCUUGGAAGCCAACCUAACCAAUCAGUUCUAGCACAUGGCAUCUCUGGAGCCUCCCCACUUGUAGAACAUCUUGGUUCUGUUCCCCUAACAGGUUCAGAGGAUUUCAGUCAGAACAUCUACUCAGAAAAGAUUAACCACGGAAAUACAGAAUCCUCAAAGAUCCAAACAUCAAGCUUGCACUUUCCACCUGUCCAAUAAUCACCUAUUGAAGAAGAGGAUGAAGAUAGUGCCAAUGAAAUAGCCUUUUCUCCUUUCAUACUUCGUUUCUCAAGCCAAUCAUCACAAAAAGGUUCCUUAUAGUUCUGACACGGGGGACUCCAGCUUGAUGGUGAUUAUUUACAUUCAGAUCACAAGUUCAUCAGGAUAUACUUUCCCAGAGACCCAGGGCUCUUUAACCAUCAGUAACAUAAGCUCUUGUCAGUUGAAACAAUGUUGGAAUGGCAUGGUUUGAGAGAGAAAGAAACAUAGAGGGUUUGAAGUACUUUCCGAGAGGGCUUGCAGUUAGUGUAAAAGAGUUUCACUUCUAUGAUAAUUGACAUGAAAACUACUUUUAUGCCCA